AAAGAGAGAGAGAGAGAAGAGAGAUACAGUUACACAACUGCCACUUCUUUAGAACAUAAAAAAAAGACAGACUCUCAAUUAGGUUCCUCUCGGGUCUAUUUCUAUUGGGGCAGGUUGUUCUGUAGCAUUUUUUCCCCCCCUUUGGAGAAUUUCCUUCCUGUGGCUCUGACUCUGCUGAAGGACACAAAGAUAUCGUCUUCAGCUGAAGGACAGGUAGCGAAGUGAAGCCAGUCGUUCCAGUGUCUUUCCACCCAACCGAGUCCCUGAGAGAGGUGGUUGUCAUGGGGAUGCGAAGCCUGCUCCUGGGCGUCGCCAUCAUGGCCUUCGUGCUGCAGCUGUCCCACGCCGGCCUGCUGCACAAGGUCAUCCGCCACCGGCGAGAGACCCUGAGCCCGGCCUCCUCCGGCCAGAACGCGAGCCUGCCCAGCCCCGACCAGCCGGUGGUCUUCAACCACGUCUACAACAUCAACGUGCCGUCCAGCGCGCUGUGCUCCGUGGACCUGGAGUCGGCCGGCGGCGCCGAGAAGCUCCCGCCCCGGCCGGCCGCCCUCACCGCCCCGGCACCGGCCGCUCGGCAUCCGCUGCCCUCCGACAUGCACACGGAGCACACGGUGGACGGCGAGAACCAGAUCGUCUUCACCCACCGCAUCAACAUCCCCAAGCAGGCGUGCGCCUGCGACGGCCACCUGCCCGACCUCAAGGACCUGCUGAAGAGGCUGGAGCUGCUGGAGGCCGAGGUGUCCAGCCUGAGGGAGCAGUGCUCCAGCGGCAUCGGCUGCUGUGGAGCUCAGGUGACAGGAGAGCUGACCACCAGGCCCUACUGCAGCGGUCACGGCAACUACAGCGUGGACACGUGCGGCUGCGUGUGCGAGCCCGGCUGGAAGGGCGUCAACUGCUCCGAGCCCGAGUGCCCCAACGACUGCCAGGACCAGGGCCGCUGCGUGGACGGCCGCUGCGAGUGCUUCGAGGGCUACUCGGGCGACGACUGCGCCCUGGAGCUGUGCCUGGAGGACUGCGGCGACUACGGCGAGUGCAUCGAGGGCUCGUGCGUGUGCGAGGAGGGCUUCCUGGGCCGCGACUGCUCGCAGACCAACUGCCCCAACAACUGCCUGGGCCGCGGCCGCUGCGUGGACGACGAGUGCGUGUGCGACGAGCCCUGGACGGGCUUCGACUGCACCGAGCUCAUCUGCCCCAACGACUGCUACGACCGCGGCCGCUGCAACAACGGCACGUGCGAGUGCGACGAGGGCUUCGCCGGCGACGACUGCGGCCAGCUCACGUGCCCGGGCGACUGCAACAGCCGCGGCGCCUGCCUCAACGGCAAGUGCGUGUGCCACGCCGGCUACAGCGGCGACGACUGCUCCAAGCUCACCUGCCCCAACGACUGCCACCAGAGGGGCCACUGCUUCAACGGCCGCUGCAUCUGCGACCCGGGCUACGAGGGCGAGGACUGCGGCGUCCUGUCCUGCCCGGACAACUGCAACAACCGCGGCCAGUGCGUCAACGGCCAGUGCCUCUGCGACGUGGGCUGGGAGGGCGAGGACUGCUCGGACCGCUCGUGCCCCAACAACUGCAUGAACCUCGGCCGCUGCGUCAACGGCAAGUGCGUGUGCAAGCAGGGCUACUCGGGCGAGGACUGCAGCGUCAAGCUGUGCCCCAACAACUGCCACGGGCGCGGGGAGUGCGUGGACGGCAAGUGCGUGUGCCCCGCCGGCUACACGGGCAAGGACUGCGGCGAGCUGACCUGCCCGAGCAACUGCAACAGCCGCGGACGCUGCGUCAACGGCCAGUGCGUCUGCAACCGGGGAUUCACCGGCGAGGACUGCAACGAGAAGAUGUGCCCCAACAACUGCCUGGACCGGGGGUACUGCGUCGACGGCAAGUGCGUCUGCUUCGAGGGCUUCACGGGAGCCGACUGCUCCGUGCUCACCUGCCCGGACGACUGCAGUGACCAAGGCCACUGCCUGAACGGACUCUGCAUCUGUGACAUGGGAUUCACCGGCAUUGACUGCUCUCAGAUCAGCCCAGUGAAGGACUUGAAGGUGGUGGAGGUGGACCCCGAGACGGUGGACGUGUCCUGGGAGAACGAGAUGCUGGUGACGGAGUACCUGGUGACCUACGUGCCCACGGCGCCCGGCGGCCUGGAGCUGGAUAUGCGCGUGAAGGGAGACAGGCGUCAGGCCACCAUCCGCGAGCUGGAGCCCGGCAUCGAGUACCUCAUCAGCGUCUACGCCCUCCUCAACAACAAGAUGAGCUUGCCCGUCAGCGCCAGAGUAGCCACACAUCUUCCCCAGCCAGAGGGCCUGAAGUUUAAGUCAGUGAGAGAGACGUCUGUGGAGGUGGAGUGGGACCCCCUGAACAUCCCCUUCGAUAGCUGGAACCUCAUCUUCAGGAACACCAAAGAGGAGAAUGGGGAGAUCCUGAAUGCGCUGAGCCCGCCUGAGACCACCUUUGAGCAGUCCGGUCUGGGGCCGGGCCAGGAGUACGAAGUCAAGCUGCAGGUGGUGAAGAACAACACCCGCGGACCCCCCGCCACCAAGAACUUCUUCACAACGAUCGACUCCCCCAGCCAGGUGGAUGUCCGCGACGUGACCGACACCGCCGCCCUGAUCACCUGGUUCCAGCCCGUGUCUCAGGUGGACAGUGUGUCCAUCUCCUACGGCCCCAGCGAGGACCCGUCCGACCGCAACACCGUGGAGCUCUCCGCCUCGGACACGCAGCACCACCUGAGCGACCUGCACCCCGACACCGAGUACGAGGUCGGCCUCAUGGCCAAGCGAGGAGAGGUCACCAGCGUGCCCGUCUACGAGAAUUUCGUCACAGAUCUGGACGCCCCGAAGGACCUGCAGACGCUGGAGCUGACGGACGACAGCAUCACGCUGGAGUGGACCAACAGCCGGGCCAAGGUGCUGAGCUACCGCGUCAAGUUCGGCCCGCUGUCCGGCGGAGAGCACGGAGAGACCGUCUUCCCCGCCGGGGAGCAGGACACCACCCAGGCCAAGCUCACGGGCCUGAGGCCAGGAACCGAGUAUGGUAUGGGGGUGACCGCUGUCAAGGACGAACGCGAGAGCUUGCCCACAACAACUAACGCAGUGACUGAUCUGGACGCUCCGAAGGACCUGGAGGUGAGCGAGGCCACGGAGACCACGCUGCUCCUGGUCUGGACCAAGCCGCUGGCCAAGAUCGACAUCUACCGCCUGGUCUUCGUGUCGGCCGAGGGCCGGCGGGCCGAGGUGGAGGUGCCCGGUGGCGCCGACACCCACACGCUGGUCAACCUGACGCCUGGCAUGGCCUACACCAUCACCCUGGUGGCGGAGAGAGCCCGGAGGAAGAGCGCCCCCGCCACCAUCACUGCCACCACCGACGAGAAGAAGCCCCAAGUGGGCAGUGUGUCUGUGUCCGACGUGUCGUGGGACAGCUUCCUGGUGUCCUGGACUCUGGAGCGGGGCGCCUGCGAGAGCUUUCUGAUCGAGGUCGAGUCCGAGGGCGGUGAGGACACGCACAACCUCACCGUGCCGGGCGACGCGUCCAGCCAGGCCUUCGGCGGCCUGCUUCCGGCCACCUUGUACAAGGUCGUCCUCUACGGCCUCCAUAACGGCGCUCUCCUAGAGCCUGUCUUUGCCGAGACCACUACAGAGCUGGAGCCCGAGGUGGAGCACCUGUUUGUGUCGGACGUCACGCCCACGAGCUUCAAGCUGGCCUGGAGCGCCCCGGACAACGUCUUUGAUAGCUUUGUCAUACAAGUUUCUGACGAGGCGAGCGGUUGGUUUGAGCGGUUCACUGUGUCCGGCGGCGAGAGGACAAAGGUCGUCUCGGAUCUUCUGGAGGGCACAGAGUACCAAAUUGAAAUCUACGGUGUCAUUUUGGAACGCCGCUUCCCGCCCCUUUCUGGUGCCGCCAAGACAGGCCUAGGAAUGCCCAAGGGCAUCCGUUUCUCCGACGUCACUGACACGUCUGCCACCGUCCACUGGAGUGUGCCUCGCGCCCGUGUCGACAGCUAUCGGGUGUCCUAUGUGCCCCUUCAGGGAGGAAGCCCCAUGACUGUGACUGUGGACGGAGCAGAGUCUCAGACCGUGCUGCCCAACUUGACCCCUGGGGUCACCUACCAAGUGACCGUCAUUGCCGUCAAAGGCCUGGAGGAGAGUGAGCCAGGCUCUGAUACAGUCACAACUGCGUUGGAUAAGCCCCGUGGCCUGACGGCCAUGAACAUCACAGACACAGAGGCUCUGCUUCUCUGGCAGCCUGCCAUCGCCACUGUGGACGGUUACGUCAUCACCUACAGUGCCGACUCAGUUGGCCCUGUGAUGGAACGUGUGUCAGGCAACACUGUGGAAUUCGAGAUGACCUCCCUGACCCCAGCCACCCACUACACGGUCAAAGUCUACGCCGUGCGCGACUCUUACAAGAGUGCCGCCACCACCACCGAGUUCACCACCGACGUGGAUGCGCCCAAGGACCUAGCGGCCAGCAACAUCCAGACGGAGAGUGCCAUGCUGACGUGGAAGCCCCCCCGCGCUGACAUCAGCGGCUACAUCCUCAGCUUCGAGUCCGUCGAUGGCGCCGUCAGAGAAGUGGUCCUCAGCCCAACCGCCACUUCAUACAACAUGGCCCAGCUCAGCGCCUCCACCGUUUAUGACGUCAAACUGCAGGCUCUGGCCGGGCCCAAGAGGAGUCGAGUCAUCACCACCGCCUUCACCACCAUUGGCGUCUUGUACAAGCACCCUAAGGACUGCUCACAGGCCCUGCUGAACGGAGAGAGCACCUCUGGAGUUUAUACCAUCUACCUGCGCGGAGAUGAGAGCCAGCCUCUGCAAGUCUACUGCGACAUGACCACAGAUGGUGGUGGCUGGAUUGUCUUCGUGAGACGCCAGAGUGGGAAGGUGGAAUUCUUCCGAAACUGGAGAAACUACACCGCCGGCUUUGGUGAUCUAAAUGAUGAGUUCUGGUUGGGUCUCUCAAAUCUGCACAAGAUCACCUCCUCUGGUCAGUAUGAACUGCGUGUGGACCUCAGAGACAAGGGCGAGACGGUCUACGCUCAGUACGACAAGUUCUCCGUGUCUGAACCACGCAGCCGCUACAAGGUGCACGUCGGUGGCUACAGUGGCACAGCAGGAGAUUCCAUGACCUACCAUCACGGUCGACCCUUCUCAACCUAUGACCAUGACAAUGACAUCGCUGUCACCAACUGUGCCCUGUCUUACAAGGGUGCUUUCUGGUAUAAGAACUGCCAUCGCGUCAACGUCAUGGGACGAUAUGGAGACAACAGCCACAGCAAGGGCGUGAACUGGUUCCACUGGAAGGGUCACGAACACUCCAUUGAGUUCGCCGAGAUGAAGAUGCGACCCGCCAACUUCAGGAACUUCGAGGGCAGAAGGAAACGAUCAUAAACGUCCACGUCUCUCCCCGUUUGAACCCACUCUGCCCUUCCUGAGUCAGAAUCACCCCCUUCAGCUACCAAAGCCACUGCCCCGAGCCCAGCCACUUCUCUCCAUCUCGUACUCCAUCUCUCUCUCUCUCUCUUUCUCUCUCCAUCUCUCUCUCUCUUUCUAUUCAUAGAUCUGUGGUCUCUCCCAUUCUUUUUGUAUUCUCUCAUGUUAGAUCCUAAAACCAGUGCCCGUCAAAGUGUCCUGGAACUCACGGUUGUGUGCAGUGUGAAUGCUGUCAACAUCUCACCUAUUACUGAAAUAUGGACUUCAAGCACAUGGUCUAAGCACAGGAAAUGUAACCUGUGCGAUGUAUAAUGUGGAACACCAAAGACAGUUGUACCUACUGUUUGAAACAAAAUGUGACAACAUACCUACGCACAUUCCAAGCGCUCACUGACAGAGAGGUGAUAGAGAGUCUGGCUCGGUGCUUGUACUUUUUACACCACACACACACCGCGUUCUCGGUUUCCACAUGUCAUACUGUGACAGUUUUGAUAUCGGUGUUUUGCAGAGAGGGCAGACUGUUUGUGUGUGAUAUCAUGUAGUUUUUUUUUUUUGUUUUUGUUUUUUUGGUGCCUCUUCACAAAUUCUCAACAGAACAAAAUCUCACCAUUUCUUACUAAACUCCUAAUCAACACCUGG